CCCAUUUUAAUUAAUUGCUCUAAUAAUUAAAGAAAAUUAAAUCCCACUUACAUUAUUAAUUAUGAAGUAGAAGUAAAUGAUCGCACAUCGUUUUUAAAAAUAAAAGCAGGCGGGCAGAGGCAGGCAGCUCUCGCCCAUACCAUUCCCCAUUCCGCUCUCUCUCUCUCUCUCUCUCUCUCUGACUCUGACCCGUCUUCCUUCCUUCCUUCCUUUCUUUCUUUCCUCGCCUACUUUCUCUCCGCGUUCCUUCCCGCCGCCCAUUCCCACAACAAAAGUAGACUUCCGCCAAUCCGCAGGGAAGAAGAAAGAAUAAGUCUGUGCCUAUUUUCUCCGACGGAACCUGAUGGCAAAGAAGCUCAAAGAGAAGGCCAAGAAAGUGGCAUACAUCUCUGUUCCUUCCCAGAUAAUCAACUCCCUCUCUUCAUCCUCCUUGCAGUCUCUCCUCCAUUCCCCCAAGAAGGCAUCAUCGUCAAGGAAGAAUAGCUUCAUCAUCGCCCCUCUCCUCAGGAACUCCAAGCUAUGGUGCUUGGCUCUCUUCUUCUUCGGCCUUGUCGGGAUGCUCAUCAACCUCACCCAUCCCCUGCUUCUUCCUUUCUCUACAACCCGCCCCUGUACCAACGAUCUCCCCCAACAGCAGCAGCAGAUUGGGUUUGGAUCAGAGAACAUAAUUAGUGGCGAGGGAGUUAGUGUUAGUAUUAGCAGCAGCAGUAGCAGUAAUAAUGUAUCCCAAUCAUCGUCCUUCUGGGAGCAGCCGGAUGGGUUGGGGUACAGGCCAUGUUUGGGGUUGACCAGAGAAUACCAGAGAGCCACCGAAUCGAUGUUGAAAGAGCGGAGCAAGAAGUAUCUGCUUGUGGUGGUCGCUGGAGGAAUGAAUCAGCAGAGGAAUCAGAUUGUGGACGCCGUCGUCAUCGCCAGGAUUCUUGGGGCUACUUUGGUGGUUCCCAUCUUGCAAGUCAAUGUCAUUUGGGGAGACGAAAGUGAGUUCUCGGACAUAUUCGAUUUGGAGCACUUCAAGGCGGUUCUGGCGAAUGACGUCAGGGUAGUUUCUUCUCUGCCUUCGACCCACAUAAUGACCAGGCCAGUCGAGGAGAAACGGACUCCUCUGCACGCCUCUCCUCAAUGGAUCCGCUCCCGUUAUCUCAAGCGGCUCAACAGAGAAGGGGUUUUGCUUCUACGUGGUUUGGACUCGAGGCUUUCCAAGGAUCUUCCUUCCGAUCUUCAGAAACUACGAUGCAAGGUAGCAUUCCAUGCCUUGAGGUUCGCUCCAACCAUUAUGGGACUUGGCAACAAGAUGGCAGACAGAAUGUCGAGCAAAGGUCCGUACAUUGCACUCCAUCUCCGGAUGGAGAAGGACGUAUGGGUUCGGACCGGUUGCCUACCUGGUUUGAGCCCAGAGUACGACGAGAUGAUCUCCAGCGAGAGAACACGAAGACCUGAGCUACUCACUGCCCGGUCCAACAUGACUUCCCACGAAAGGAAGCUCGCCGGAUUGUGCCCUCUGAACGCCAUGGAGGUGGCCAGGCUGCUCAAGGCACUGGGAGCACCAAAGGGUGCAAGAAUAUUCUGGGCUGGAGGGGACCCACUAGGAGGACUCGAAGCUUUGGACCCCAUAACUAAGGAAUUCCCAUACUUGUUCAACAAGCAUGAUCUGGCCUUGCCCGGGGAGCUUGAACCAUAUGAGAAGAAAGCGUCCUUCAUGGCUGCCAUUGACGUCAUUGUGGCGGAGAGAAGCGACGUGUUCAUGCCUUCUCAUGGUGGGAACAUGGGCCACGCAAUCCAGGGACACCGAGCUUAUGCAGGCCACAAGAAGUAUAUAACUCCCAACAAGAGACACAUGCUGCCUUAUUUCCUGGAUGAUUCGCUUCCCGAGGCCGAGUUCAAUAGGAUCAUCAAGGAGUUGCACAGCGAGUCGUUAGGGCAGCCGGAGCUCAGAAGUAGCAAAGCUGGAAGGGACGUCACCAAGUACCCGAUUCCUGAAUGCAUGUGCAAUCAUACUUCUUCACACUCCACAGUGUGAUUAGUAGACAUUCAGAGUUAGUGCAGAGCUAAAUCUCAGCUCAUCGCCUGAUUGGAUUGCUAAUGAGCAGCCAGUUGCAGCAGCGGCACUCCUUUUCAGCAGAAAUACACAGACAAGACACUGAAAGGUUUGCUGCCACAUUGUAAAUGAGGAAUACACAAACUGGUGGAAGGAAGUCAGGUUAUACGGUGGAUGUCAUUUUUUUAAUUCUUUAUUAGUUUCUAGGCCUUUUAUAGUUUACUACUUUACCUUCAUUUUCUAGGAUGGAAGGGUUGCUACUUCUAAAGUUCAUUCUUUUGUACGCAAGUAAAGGUGCCACAGGACAACACAUGUAUAUGAAUCGAAUAGUUAAAUCACUUGAACGAGUAUCGUGCUGCACUGUCCUAGCAGUUACCAUUCAACAAGUAAUCUGGUUUUUGCAUGACC